GCUAAAGAGCAAACCGACAUCAGCUGAGUUUGCAUGAAGUACCAUCCUUGCAGCUAAAUUACAGGAAUUUUUAAUCACGUAAAAUUCAAGAAUAGCAAUUUACAAAGUUACGCAUAACUGUUAAAACCAAUGAAAUAGCUGUCAUCUGUCUGUAAUCACAGAAACGAGACAGGGGCAAAGGAGAAAUAACACAUCAAACCCGGCUAACAAAGAGCUCCUUUUUUCAACGACAACAUUUUUCCUCCAUAUUCUAUAGUUAUGAGUCAUGUGGCCGUCGAGAAUGUCCACGGGCUAGAGCAGCAGCUCGCUGUGCUAGACUUGAGUGCGGCAGACGGACAAGGUGGAGGCACCAACCGAAAUGCCUUUGCAGCGGGUCGACAGGGUGGCUACACUAUAGCGCCUGCAGCUAACUAUGGUUGGGAUGGGGGGCGCAACAACUUUGUUAAUGGCUACCAUGACAACCGAAUGGGUGGCGGCAACACGUUUAACCGAGGCCCGCCUCGCAUGGAGCGGGGCCGAGGAGGCAUCGGAGGCGGUUACCGAGGCAACCGGGGCGGAGGCUUCAACCCCAUCAACCCUGCACAGCCAAUGGCCUUCGGAGGCUACGAAAAUAAAGAUGCAGGCGGCUGGAACACUGCCAAAGACGCCUAUGGCAGUUUUAGCAACAACCGAGGGAAGUCUGCAUUCUUCAAUGACAGAGGGAACGCUAAUAGAGGACGGUUCGAGCAUGGUGGGUUCGGUGGCGGCGGUGGAGGAGGAGGAAACAGCCGCUGGGUGGAGGAGUCCAGAGACGAGGGAGACUGGUCCAAACCAACACCACGUAACGAACGACUUGAACACGAGCUGUUCUCCGGCAGUAACACUGGGAUUAACUUUGAGAAAUACGAUGACAUUCCCGUCGAGGCCACAGGACAGAACUGCCCUCACCACAUCGAGAGUUUCCAAGACGUGGACAUGGGUGAGAUCAUCAUGGGUAACAUCGGCCUGAGUCGCUACACCAGACCGACCCCUGUCCAGAAAUAUGCCAUUCCUAUUGUCAAGUCAAAGCGGGACCUCAUGGCCUGUGCACAGACAGGUUCUGGGAAGACUGCAGCGUUCCUGCUGCCGAUUCUCAGCCAGAUCUACACUGAUGGACCAGGAGAAGCUCUGAACGCAGCUAAAGCAUCCGGCCAGGAGAAUGGAAAGUAUGGCCGCCGUAAGCACUUCCCCAUCUCACUGGUGUUGGCUCCAACCAGAGAACUGGCACUCCAGAUAUAUGAUGAAGCCAGGAAGUUUUCCUACCGCUCCAGAGUGCGUCCCUGUGUGGUGUACGGGGGAGCAGACAUCGGCCAGCAGAUCAGAGACCUGGAGAGAGGCUGCCACCUGCUGGUGGCCACGCCCGGACGACUGGUGGACAUGAUGGAGAGGGGCAAGAUUGGACUGGACUACUGCAACUACCUGGUCCUGGAUGAGGCAGAUCGUAUGUUGGACAUGGGAUUCGAACCACAGAUCAGACGCAUCGUUGAACAGGACACGAUGCCACACAAAGGCAUCCGACAAACCAUGAUGUUCAGCGCAACCUUCCCUAAAGAGAUCCAGAUCCUGGCCAGGGAUUUCCUGGAGGAGUACAUCUUCCUGGCGGUGGGCAGAGUGGGCUCCACCUCAGAGAACAUCACUCAGAAAGUUGUGUGGGUGGAGGAGAGCGAUAAGAGGUCUUUCCUCCUGGACCUGCUCAGUGCUACAGUCAUCCCCAGCGAGGUACAGGACAAUACUGGAGACAACAUAGAGAAACCUGGUUUCUUUCCUCUCCGCUCGACAGGUAAGGACUCGUUGACUCUGGUGUUCGUGGAGACCAAGAAAGGCGCGGACGCCUUGGAGGACUUCCUGUACCGGGAGGGCUACGCCUGCACCAGCAUCCACGGAGAUCGCUCCCAGAGAGACAGAGAGGAGGCUCUGAGCCAGUUCAGAUCAGGAAAAUGCCCCAUUCUGGUGGCCACAGCGGUAGCAGCUCGGGGUCUGGACAUCUCCAAUGUGAAACAUGUCAUUAACUUCGACCUGCCCAGUGACAUAGAGGAGUAUGUCCACCGUAUUGGACGUACAGGACGAGUUGGAAACCUGGGACUGGCCACAUCAUUCUUCAAUGAUAAAAAUGGGAACAUCACUAAAGACCUGCUGGACAUCCUGGUAGAGGCCAAACAGGAAGUUCCCUCAUGGCUGGAGAGCCUGGCCUAUGAACACCAGCACAAGAGCAGCAACAGAGGGCGCUCUAAGAGGUUCUCUGGCGGUUUCGGAGCUCGUGAUUAUCGCCAGACGGCUGCCGGAGGAACCGCCGGAGGGUUCGGAGGACGUGGAGGACGCAACCAGGCCGGACACGGAGGAAACCGCGGCUUUGGAGGAGGUGGUUUCGGUAACUUCUACACCAGUGACGGCUACGGAGGAAACUACUCACACUCUCAAGUCGACUGGUGGGGCCAGUAAAACUGGGUUCCUCCUUUCCCUCUCUACUCAUCCCUCUUUCUUCUUCUCACUCAUCCUCCUUUCUUUCUCCACACUGUCUGCACCCCAUCCAUCUCCUCCCCUUCAUAACCCCAAGAACCCACGUGCAUGUUAUUAAACUAUUUAUACUCAUUUAUAUAGCCCUCCUUCCGUCCCUUUUCGCUCAGAUCUUUUAAAUUCUUGUCAUUUCCAUCUCCACCUUCGUCUUUAUAGUCCUCCAUCUUUUCCUUCUCUUGAUUUCUGGGUAAAUCUCACCUUCUACAAGCGACCACAGUAUAAAGGGAUUCAAUUUUAGUUUUCAGCACUAUAGCUAGCCACCAGCUGGCGAGUUCCUUUAGUUUCAGUGGGGACAUUUUUGAACAGUUUUCUCCUCUUAUGGCAAGUGCUUGAAGAAAAAUAACCAAUUGAAGUAAAGUUCUAGGUGUUCCUUUAACCCCAUAUGACUAGAUGGAUUGAAUAGUUACGGUGAGUUAGUCCUACAACACAGCUGUAGAAGACAAGGGGGAAAUCACAUUUUUUUUUUCCACUUAAGUUUUGAGUUUUGGCUUCAUUGUGUUUUUGUCUGCAUUCACCCAAAGCCAGCCAGGCGUCCUGUGUACCUUCACAUGUCAUCUUUGUAUGUAACGCAUGGCCAUGUUGUAAAUCACCGGCCAAAAACUUUUCUAAAACUAAAUAGCGCAGAGAUAGACAAGAUGUCAAAUCUGAAGAAAAUAUGUCUGCAUAUAAAUUCAAAAUGGGAACCGGCUGAUAGAAAGCAGCCACAAAAACAGAUUUUUUUUCUCCUUUUUUUAAAACAUCUUGAAGUCUUGAUUUCCAGAGAUCUGAGAAAGAUGUGUAACAGAGACAGAAGGGACAAGGGGCUGGACAAACUGAAACACCCAGCCAGUUGGACGCCAGCAGACAUUGUCGCCCAUUAGCAUUGAUGCUAGCAAACAGCAUUUCCUUUGUUUGAAACAAAAACAUAAUGGAGGAUCAUUUGUUUCUGUACUGUGCCUUUAAGAAUUUGAACUUUGUCUCUUAUUUCCGUUGUUUUAAUUGCCAUAAUACAUAAGUGGCUGCAAGUAUUGGCCAACUGUGACUAAAAAAAUGUGUAUUUAAUGUCAUGUAUGGGUUUAAACAUGUUUUUUGUUUAUUUAUAUUUGGAAGGAAACAAACUAGGCUUGAACUAAAUCAAACCUUGGCAAAAAAAAAAAACUAAACAAAAACUGCGAUGAGGAAACUCAAAGCGACUCCUUAUCUGUUCAAAUUCAUCAGAGUUCAAACUCUGAUGUGCUAAUUCCCAAAAGCAUAUUACCACUGUACAUAUUUAUAGAUUCUUUUGAUAUACCCUCAUCCUGAGUGAUUAAAAUGGGUCAAAAAAAGACAUUAUACGCGUCUUAUUCAAGAGAAGUUUUUUGCAUUAGUAGCCACUGAGCAGAGACGACAACAGUUGGUUUUAUGCUUUUGGGAAACCGAGUCCUACUAAUUGACCUAUAUGUCACACUCUGGUUUGAGCUUGAGUUUGAGUUUCUCAAAGGCAUCUUGUCACUAAUAGUUGGGUCGCAUUACGUCAGUCACAGAGCCACUGAGGGGAAAUUACGCCCAGAUGUGCAGCAGCAGUCCUGCUUUGUUCCCAUUUGAAGUCAGAUUUUCAUUCUCAAUUCGAUCCUCUAUUGUUGUCCACGGACAGGUGGAGCACUUUUUAAUUAAAAACGACAAAUAAAGCUUUUGAAAUCUGCCCUAAUUCGCAGUACAACUAUAAUCUAAGCAGCGAAAGAGGAACAAAUUCUUCAACCACGUCACCACCAGGGACCUAAGCUUUGCUUCAACACUUUUGGGGUGCAGGAAUUGAAACGGCUGCUGCUGAAAACACCAAGUGUUGUCAGUGCCUGUGGCUGCUCAGCUGACUCUUAGUGCCACCAUGCUCUUCCGUGGGAAACGCGCUCCGCUUCCACCACAAACAUUGAAACCCUUGUUUGCCAAAAGCUUCUUUCAAGGGGGAUACACAACUAAAAGGCUUAAAGAGUUCAAAAUGUUUUUCGCUCACUCUAUCCUGGAGAGUUACAUGAAGAGUCUUCUCUAAAAUAAGUCAUUCCAGUUUAUUUGUUAGGUCUUUUUAAGAUCUGUUGAGGUCAGGGAUCAAAGUAAAGACUUGGAUAAUCUCGCCGAACCCAUUUCACAGCAGGGACAGCCCAGCCGGGGCUUUCCAGGGGAUGUGAUACCACAACUUCACAGCACAUUUUAGCCACGUCUUGCUGUAAUAUGAUUCGCAAUUCCAGCCUUGUGUAGCAAGGAGAAGGCAGUGCAGACUUGGAUCGAUGUGUUGGAGGUUUAAAAAUUACCCCAAACUGUCCCUGCAGCUAUUUAUUCGCCAUAUUUUAAGGUCCAGUUUUAGCCCUUCUCUUGCACACAGAAAAUAGAACAUUCCCUCUUUAUUCUUACUAUUCAUUCAAGCCUCAUAGCUGCAUGUGUGCUGCAUGUGCUACAAAUUAAAAGGACACCUCGCAGCUCAGCAUUGCACAGUUUGCACUGCAUUGGCACGGCUCCGUUUGACUCAACUCCAGACCCUUUUGGUCCCUAAGUUGUUGCCGUAUGAAAGUGCUGUGACAUCAUCUUUGAUGCAACACGGAGUCCUUUCAUCGGCGACCAAAGUAGAAGUGUAGUGAACAGUGGACUUGUGUGGGAUGCUGUUAAAAUUGGGGUCGUAUUGACGAUAGCUUGGCUAUUUAAAAAUGUCAGGUUUGUGUCGUGCAGUGUUUUAACUCCACCCUCAAGUAUCGGCGUGGAACGUCGAAUGACCAAAAAAGUGCAAGAAAAAGACAAAGUCAUGUAGAUUUGAGUCGGGCAAUAUCAAGCAGUGAAAAACUGAUAAAAUUGGCACAAUACAACAAAACAUCUACAACACAUAGGAACACCUCAUUAAUUUCUUGUGACUUAAUGGGUGCCUGAUCCCUGGUUAGCCCCUCUGAGCCCUGCUGUGGAACCGGAUGUCUAUGUUUUAUCCCUGAUUAAACUUCUAAAAGGAGCGCCACUGCACGUUUGGACGGUUCAGUGGUAGAAGUCCAAUCCCCCAUUGUGUUAAUAGCAGCAUAAAAAAGCCCCAAAAAACGCUCUGUUGCUACCUUGUGGGGGGAAUUGUUAACUUUUCAUCAGGGUCUUAAUUUGUUUUGUUUACAUGAACAACUUUAGCGAAGUGAAAAUAUAGCUUAAAUGUAAAUAGUUCAACUCUUCUUAAAAACCGAAAGAGAAGAAUCUCCACUAAAAAAAGAAUGUGAAUUACAAGUGAACACUUGUUGUGUAGAAAAUCACGUUUGAUCACUCGACGUUGGACCAGACAGUGUCUCAGUGGGCAAUUUGAACACAAUCGGCAGAUUUAUUCUUUAGACAUAUUAUUUAAUGAAAAAUGCAUGUUUUCACAUACCUAAACAAAUAAUAGGGAUUGAUUUACCAAUUAAUGCUCUCGAGACAGAUUCCCUCAAAUUGCCCACUGGCUUUGACAAACGACGGCUGGACCAAGACAAUAAAACAUAUGCAAGUGUUGUUGUUUUUUGGUCAAGGAGUUAAAAAUGCCAAGCAAAUAGAUACAAUUCUACAGCAGGCUUUAGUUAUAUUAGAACUCUGUUUUUUCCCCGUCAUCUGUGAUUUGUAUUUAUUUAUUUUAUUUUAUUUUUUUACCACUUUUUAAUCAGAGGUCGUGUUCAGGUCGAUCUGUUUCCUUCAGGGAAACGAGUUGGCUUUAACAUCUUUUUUUGAGGAGUUUCUGGCAGAGUAAUGCUGAAGGACUCAGGAUUCAGGCAGACAGUGUUUUACUAUAUCUCACUAAACCUAGUUCAUCUUGUUGUGGUUAAAAUGAGGGGCCAGUUUAAUGUAAAGGGAUGCUGCGUUGAAGGACAGUUGUCAUAUUAUGUUAGAAAUAAAAAAUGGCCACUUAAAACGGAACCAAAUAUAGAAAAGAAGUUUGCAUUAUCUUUCAGCUAAGUGUGGUUCAAAACACGAUUUUUCUGUCAAGUUCAGAUAAAAUUAUGCGCACAGCGAUUGCAUUGUGGACCAGAACUGUUUGGGGUGUCCCAAUAGAUGAUUUUAGCACUAUCAGAGGAUUUUUCUGUGGCCAUGACGUGAAUACCACACUUUAAUUUCUCCUGCGGCAAUGGUAGAGAGAGCUGUAGUUCAGUGUGAAAAUGACAAUAAGUUGAAGAUAACAUUGCAAAUGACAAUCAAGUAUGAAGGAUUUGCUUAGUUUAUGCAUCAACACAACUCUUUAAGUUGCACUUUUUUUUAUUUUAAGUGUGAGUACGCCUUUUAGUUUUCUGAACCAGCUGUCUUAUUGGCAGUUGUUUCUAAUUUCUAACACCCAACUUGUGAAACGGAUCUGCACAGGCAGACAAAUGCCAAACUGAAUCUCAUUAUGAAUAUACACUCCUGGAUGUUGUUACAAAAUCAGAGUCUACCUUUAAACAUGAACCGAAUAAGCGUUUUAAAUGCCUGACUGUCAUACUUCCUGUGUGCAGCCUCUCGUGUUUUAGUAAUAAGUGCUGCUCUCGCUGCCUAAAUUCAAAGGAAUCCCUUUUUAGUGAAGGAAUCUGGUUCAGUGUGCAGACAUUGCUGUGCCUUCUAACAGCCACUAGAGGGCAGAUGGAAUAACCGUGAACAAAUGAAGGAUGCAGUGAUGCAGAGACUAGGGAUUUGCUGUUUUAAUGCAAUAGUGCAGAUAGGAAUUUGUGAUUUAUAUAGCAGGGAGUCAUGGAAGGUAAAACUUCACUUUACCUCACGUUCAUCUUGUUUGUAGAGCAAUCUCGUCAUGUAGUGUUGUUCAGAGUACGCACAUAUAUAUGCAAUGCAUUUAGGUCUGUUUCUCAACGGGCGGAUCACAUCUGUCAGCUGUAAUUAUCAGUUGGAGCAACAUGUAUCUACCACUGUGCCCCAAACCCCCAUCCCACCUUGUCCAAAACGCCCCCCUGGGUACUGAACUUCAGCAGUAAGUGCAAUACAGAUAAAUUACUUGCGGCUUGCUUUUCACUUUGCUGUCACCGAGAUUCUCCGCGGGAGUUUUGUUCGGGCCGUUUUCUGUCCGUGCGCCGCGUGCGUUAGCAGAAACUGGCACAAGUGAAAUCAGCCUAAAGUCUGAAAAACACGUGCGCGGUGCCUUGAAAUAACUGAAUCACUGAUUCACUUAAGUCUGACGUGUGUUGGUUAGGGCUGGGUAUUUAUUUUUUUUAUAUAUACAGAUAAAAGAGUUAAAAUCAUUCCGUGAACGAUUUCUUUUAAUGUAGAAAUAUAGCAAAGGCUGCAGGUGUAGAUGUGCAUGUGGCAUGAAUGUACACGGAAGUCGCCACAAGUGUUAAUCUUAAGUGUUCUCUGUUAAAUAACACAAUUAAAACAUGGCUUUAAACUUUGUGUAUGCUUUAAGAACUGUCUUGUAAUCAGCAGCACAGAUACAGAAACAAUUCAGGCAGAAGCUUUUUACAGAUUAAUUUAUUAGACAGUAGAAGAAUAAUCAAAAAUUUGCUUAAAUUAUAAAUAGGGCAAUCAAAAUAGUUUAAGGGAAAAUGGCAGAAAAUGCUCUUUUUAGCAUCAGAAACAAGACAUUUAAAGACAUCGCUUUGGACAUUUUUUUUCCUGAUAUUUUAUAGGUUAACCACUAACUGAAUAAUUCCACAAACAAUUGUCAUAUUAUUAAUAAUUAAAAUAAUCAUUAGUUGCGAAUGAAGGCUAAAUGUUGGACUCUAAUGCCAUUAUUAUCAGCCUCACUUGUUGUUUGUCUUUGUCAGCACCAAUUAACACAAGCUAGCAUGCUGUCCCACUCAGGAGUGUGUGAGUAAAUGUGAACAAAUCCAUAUCCUCCCUAGUAAAUGAGCUUAGAUGUAUCAUUUGUUUGGACUAGCAGCUUUACUUCAUCAAGUAAGACAUCCAGUUUAUUUCCUCUGAAAGAAAAGUUCUCAUUUAGAAAUCCAGCACUUUAGUUUUUUUGGUUUUUAAAUAUCUUAAAAACCUUUUUUGAUGCCUUAAAUUCAAGGGUGAUACCCAGCCCUAAUGGAGAAGAUGGUGACGUUGGUUACACUGUAUAAAGCGUCGCUAUGGUAACUAACUUUUCAGCAGGAGUGCUUUGAUUGUCAGUGAACAAUUAAUGGUGCUAUGCUCCCAUUGCUGCGGCCUGCAGGCCCCUCUGUUGUAGAAAUCCCAUCCUGUUUUACAAUAAAUACUUCAGUUACUUAGUUUAAUGUUCAACUAAAGUCUUCUGUAGUACAUGUCCUUUAAAACCUCAGAGAGGUAUGAAGGAGUGAGUGAGUGAGUGUUUGAAGUGUAGCGCAGCCAGGUGUGAAAAAGAGGUGGUGCGCUUGUGUGUGUGUGAGUGUGUGUGUGAGUGUGUGUGUGUGUGUUGUAUGGAAAGAUUCUUCCAGAUAUGAAACCGUUUUUUGGGACCAGUUGGAGAUGUAAUUAACAGCAACCGUAGGAAUCAGCUGUUUGCACACAGAGUUCUCGAGUCUACUUUCGCUGCUAGUUUGUGUAAUUUAUCAAGCAUUUUUGAGAAAUAUUUAUUUUUAUAAGCCUAAUACAAAAGUUGAUAUUUUACAAAGUGACUUGACCAAAAGACAGUAAACAAAAACACUGGCACUUGAAUGUUGAAUGUCAUUGGUAUGAGUGAAAAUUUCUAUUUUUCUGGGGUAGUGUGAGCUUUUUAAUGUUAAAGAUGCAACGUGUAGGGGUUUCUCUUUACAUAUGUCACCGUUACGGCUCGGGAUUAGGAUCAAAUGCAAAAAGGUUUUAAAAACAAAAUUCGUCACUGGUGCCAAAACUAAUUCAAAUCAUCUGUUUGCCAGAAAUCUCAAUACUCCAAUACUCAAUAGCCACUAAAAAGCAAACCCAUACUACGUGCACAUCUUUUCAUGUAGAACGCGUCUCCAACCUCCUACCACUGUACUAGAAUGAAGCCAAAACAUCCCAGAUAUGCAACGGGGAUGUGAAUACUCCUCCAUGACUAAUCAUGAGUCUGUCACAACACCUUUUUUUUGUAGAAUAAAAUUAAAACCAAUUACAAAAAUUAUCACGAACAUAGAAAGACCUAAAAUGACUAAACAAAUGUAUUUGGGGCUUAUAUUGUAGGAGCGAUUAUAGACAAGUUUUAAAGCUUUGAGUCCGACAUUUUGGCUGUCAGCGUAUGUUUUUUUUUUUUGCUAACUGCGCAUAGAUCGGUAUCUGAAAUUAUACAUUCAUCUCAGGCUAGUGCAAGUUAUAAAUAAUAUAUAAAUCAAGUGAUAAAUCAAGUGAGAAGUAGGGUUAUUUUCCUUCUUCUUUUUGACUCCUUUUUGCUGCCAGCCGAGUCGCCCUCUGCUGGUCACCUUAAAGAAUGCAGGUUUAUGUCACUUCCACAGUGGCUUCACUUUUUAGACCCAGAAGUUGCCACUUGGAAGCGAUUAUGGUGAUGUUUUGCCUUCACUUUUGACUCUUUUUGCUGAUCCAGUUGUCUGAAAAUCAGGCGUUCUCUUACGAGGUGGCAUUACUACUCAUUCUAUAGAAGUAUUUAGUUUAAAAGUUUCACCCAAUGUGUACUUCCCAUAACAGGGCUCUUCCCUUUUUCUGUGAACAUUACGUAAAGAUGUGCACGUGGAGUCAUGCAGAGUUAAAGCACCGGCAGUUGAUGUGACCGUGACAUAUUAAGAGAAACAUCCUACACGAGUUACCUUUAAAGUCACAUUGGACUCAGUAUCAGAUCCAUAAACCCGUUUGUGCGACAGGUUCCAUUGCCAAUAAUGAUAAUCAACCAUAAGCAGCCAUUUUUAAUUGGCAAACAAAAUUUGAGACAAUACCACCAGAUAUGCCAAGGUUUGGAUUAAAAAAAAAAACAAUUAACAAAAUGUUACGAUCAAAGACCAUUUUGUAAAAAAAGAAAAAAAAAAGAAACAUGCAGUACAAAAAACAAGUGUCCAGAUUCUCUCCAAGUCAGAUGUUGUUGUUGUUUUGUUUAGUUAUUUUCAUUGGAGUCUUUACACUUUUCCUUCCCGUUAAUACCCUUGUUGUGAAUGUCUGGCAAGUGGUGAUCUUUAAAGUCUUCAUAACACAGAAUUAACUGUGGUUCUAUUGCUAUGUUGUUGUGAUUUGCAUAUUUUCAGGCAUCAGUGUUUUGAUGCUCAUGUGGGGAAGCUACUGGCCAAUCAGAAAUGGGGAAAGAUGACCUGAAGCAGGUGUCUUUUAUACAAGUUUUUAUUGCUUGUAGCUGAUUCAUCCGUCUCUUACACGAGAACAUUUUGCAGCUGCAGACAUUUUGCAGUUAUAUUAUUCUGGACAAAUCUGAUUGUCCAUCAACAGUAGCCUCAGUGACCCAGAAUGCAAUGCUAAAAAGAUAAGGUACGUAGGUGAAAAACAACACUUUUUGUAUGCACAAACAAAACGAUUCAUUGCUCCUCUCUUGUUGAGGCAUUCUGGGAAACAAAGUGGGGACACCAAACGAACACUUUGAAGCUUUAUUUUACUUUCAAUUCAUCAAACUUUUUAGAGGGUUAUUUCAUAAGAAGUGUGUAGACAUAUUUAGGAAUGAUUGCUGUUUAGUGACUGAAUUGAAAUGAGAUAAAGCGGCAGUGUUGUCGACAUUUCUGACUGGCCAGACCCCUCAAAGUGGACUCACGGCACCUGCAGCCUGGUAGUUAGUAUUUGCUUUAUGUAUUAGUUUAGCAGUUGUGCACGAAGAGGAGCACUGCACGAAGAAAAAAAACUGUGCAUCUAUUCUGAUUUUACCACAAAUAAAGGUUUGGAUUUGCAAAUGUAAA